ACAAAAAACCAAACAUAGUUAAAUUAAACGAAAAUGUCGAGUUCAAAAAACACAAGCGUGAUUUUGGUUGUCAGCAUGGCGGCAUGUAUUGUAGCAUUAGAGGAAGAGGACAAAGGACAACGGCGGAAAUAUUGGGUGAGCCCAUAUCUGCAGGAAAGGGCCCUUAAAGGCCGAUAUGCUUCCGACUUUCAAAACUUGUUGCAGAAUCCUUCAAUGUUUUUCGAAAACUUUCAUAUGUCUCAGAAGAGUUUUAACACUCUUUUUGGAAUGGUGGAGCAGUACCUUGUACCGAAACGGAACACUCGCCCAGACGCUAUACAAAUAAAAGCCAAGUUGGCCAUCGUUUUAGAAUUUCCUGCCUCUGGAGACGUGCAACGCCACAUUGGAUCAACUUAUCGGAUCAGUAAGCAAUACUUUGGAGUGAUUCUCCUCCAGGUGUCUAUUGUCAUUUGGACUGCUUUGCGGGAUGAAUUCCCCAAGUGGACGUCGGGCAAUAUGCUGAUGUGGGUUGAAGGCUUCGAAGACGAGUGGAACUUUCCUAAUUGUAUUGGAGCAGUCGACGGAAAGCAUAUGGCGAUAAAAGGCCCGCCAAAUAGCGGAAGCCUUUUUUACAAUUAAAAGGGCUUUCAUUCGAUUGUGCUUAUGUAUUAUAUUAGUAUAAUGUUACAAUAUUUUUGGCCAGAACCUACUGCCUCUGCGUGGAUAAGUCC